AUGGAACUUGGCAAUCAGUCGAAGGCUGAAGCAGUCGCUUCUGCCGUCGAAGAAGCUGGCCACGAUGGUUACACUCGAGAUGACAUGGACCUUAUGCGACUGGGCAAGAAGCCAGCAUUGAAGCGUAACUUCGGGUUCAUGCAAAUAUUGGGCUUCUCAUGUACCGUGUUGGUGACCUGGGAAGGUAUACUCCAAGUUUCCACUCCUAGUCUGCUGAAUGGUGGUCCUGCGGGUGUCUUCUGGGGCUACAUUCUUAUAUGGAUUGGUUCCAUCUCUAUCUAUACGGUCUUGUCCGAGUUGUCCUCGAUGGCACCCACCGCAGGUGGGCAGUACCAUUGGGUCGCCAUGUUGGCCCCACCGUCGUACAGAAAGUUUUCAAGCUACAUCACUGGAUGGGUAACACUCAUCGGCUGGCAGGCCACCACCGCUUCUUCGGCCUACCUCGCAGGAACUAUUCUGCAAAGCACAAUUCUGAUGUGCGACUCGUCCUACUCGCCAAAGCCGUACCAAGCAAUGCUGCUUGGUUGGGCCGUGCUUGCAUUUGCAGUCGUCAUCAACACUGUUGGAAGCAAAACCCUCGCACAUUUCGAAGGACUGAUCUUGAUACUACAUUUACUUGGCUUCUUCGCAAUCUUAAUUCCACUUGUGUAUCUUGCUCCUCAUAGCGAUGCCUCAAUCUUCACCACAUUCGUCAACACCGGAGGUUGGUCGACACAAGCGCUUUCUUUCAUGGUUGGACUACCAUCAUCGGUCUUCGCACUUGUUGGUGUCGAUUCCUGUGUCCACAUGGCCGAAGAAGUCAAGAAUGCGUCAAAAGUGGUACCGCGAGCCAUCCAGAUCAGUGUAUUGUUGAAUGGCACGCUAGGCCUAGCAAUGUUGAUCGCGUAUCUUUUCUGUCUUGGAGACUUGGAUGAUGUACUGGAGUCUUCAGCGACACUUGGGUAUCCCUACCUAUACGUUUUCUUGAAGGGCACAGGAUCUGCUGCUGGGGCUGCGACCAUGGCUAUGAUCAUGUGGACUCUGGGUGUCUGCUGUCUAGUCGGCCUGAUGGCCGCCACUUCCCGACAGAUGUGGUCAUUCGCAAGAGAUAAUGCCGUGCCAUUUUCCGCUCAAGUUACCAAGCUCAACCCCCGCACACUCAUACCCGUUAAUACAAUCAUGAUCACGACCGGGAUCUCGGUACUUCUAUCCUUCAUCGCACUUGGCUCGUUCGUUGCUUUCAGCAACAUCGUCAACCUCAGCAUCGGCGGGCUUUACGCCUCAUACUUUAUCGUCUGCGCCUUGCUUCUUUGGCGCCGUCUCAAAGGCAUCAGCCCGCACAAUCCACAGGCUGCCAUGGUGGGACCGGAUACACUGCAGUGGGGGCCUUGGAAGGUUCCCGGCGCGUUCGGUGUUGCGAAUAAUAUGUUUGCAUGCGUGUACCUAUUCGUACUGUGGUUCUUCUCUUUUUGGCCAGGCUCUGUGGAGGUCGAUGCACAGUCGAUGAACUUUAGUUCUGUCACAUUUGGGGGGACAGUAAUCUUCGCUAUCGCUUGGUACUUUUUCAGAGGCAAGAAGACAUAUGUCGGUCCAAUCGUUGAAGUGGGUUUGUAG